AUGGCCCAAGAACCGGGCCUCUUCUCGGUCCGCCGCCAGACAUUGGCGCCAGUGAACAACAACAUCUCGUCCAUCCCCAUGCCGUCGUCCGCCAUGAAGCGCUCGAGCUCCAUUUCAAACAUGCAACAGGCCGCCGGCCCCUUCACCACGAACCAUGCGCGCUCGCUGUCCGGCUCCCGGAUGUCGCUCGCGCCGGGCCGCCCCAGCCAGCCCCUCUUCCAGCGCUCCUCAUCCGGCACGAAUCUCGCAGACGCAGGUUUCCAGUCCGUCCACCGCAAUUCCACGAGCAAUGUCUUCGGCACGGGCAGCGCGGGCGGCGCCAGGAAGAGUUUCGCCCCUGGGGCCUCAAUCUUUCAAACCCCAGCAUCCGCGCCAAACUUCGAGCAGAGCACACAGCGACGUAGCAGCGUCUUCAAGACGAAAUCAUCACAUGGUCCCGGUCAAAUAGGCGUAAAACAGUCAUUCUUCCAGACCGCACCUGUCCCAGCAGGUGUCCCAACCGACCCACGGCGAUUGAAGGAUGCGAGCACCCGAGCGGAAAUGGGCCGGGAACUGAUGGAAUACCUGUCUCAGAACAACUUCGAGAUGGAGUCGAAGCAUGUGCUUUCGCCCAAGUGCAUGACAUCGCCGACACAGAAGGACUUCAACUGCAUGUUCCAGUGGCUCUACCAUCGCAUCGAUCCUUCCUACCGCUUCCAGAAGUCGAUUGACCAGGAGGUCCCGGUCCUGCUGAAGCAGAUGCGCUACCCGUUCGAGAAGUCCAUCAUGAAGUCUCAGAUCGCAGCCGUCGGCGGGAACAACUGGUCCACUUUCCUCGGCCUCCUACAUUGGAUGAUGCAGGUCGCUAAGAUGAUGGGCGCCUACGAGCAAGGAGCCUACGACGAUGCUUGCUUUGAGGCAGGACACGAUGUAUCUGGCGACCGCAUUAUCUUCGAUUUCUUGUCCGAUGCGUACAGCACCUGGUUAUCCGCCGAAGACGACGAAGACGACGAAGAGGCGCAGGCAAAGCUCAUGCAACCACACGUGAAUGCCAUGGCGAAGCGAUUUGAUGAAGCCAAUGCACAGCAUAACGAACAAGUUGAGCUGCUGGAAGCAGAGUACAAGGCCCUGCAGGAACAGAUCGAAGAGCUUUCCAAGUCAGGGCCACGGAUCCAGAGGCUUGAAGAGCAGAACAAGGUUCUCGAGGAGGACCGUGUCAAGUUCGAGAAUUAUAAUAAUUCGAUGGAUGCAAAGGUCAAGAAGUACACUGAUCGCUGCGGCUUCCUGGAGAAGUCGAUUGAGGAGAUCGAAGCAGAGCUGGAGGCAUCUGAGAAGGAGAGACAGGAACUGCAAGCCAUCAUCGACGGCAGAGGCAUGACUAUUGCAGAUAUCGACCGUAUGGCUUCUGAGAAGGAACGCCUCGACGCUGCGCUACAAGCCGCCUCUGUCCGCGCCGAAGAAUCAAAAAAGCGACUCGCAGAAAAGGAACUGGCUGCAUCACGGAAGCUAGAUGAGUUAGAACAAACCAUCGAGCGAUAUAACAAUCUGGGCUACCAAAUCGGGGUCAUCCCCAGCACCGCCCCCAACGCCAAAGGCCAAGAUUACGAGCUGGUCCUCACCGUCAACGACGGUCCUAACUUCUCUGGCUCACAGAUGGGCGCCUCCACACAAGACUCCUCGGAACGCCUGCUUGCAGAUGCCGGAACCGGCUACUCACCGCACCACCUGCUCAAUCUCGACCUCCGCGGCACCGUCAAAUCUAACAUCCUUAUGCUCCGCAAGGAGAUUGCGGAGCGGAGGAAUGCGGCCCUGGAGGCGGACAUGGGUAUCCAUGAUCUGCUGGAUAAGAGCAAAGAGGCUAUGGAUGAUAAGCAGGCGGAAGUCGAAGCCCUCGGUCAUCGUGUUGCACAGGCGGAGGAGGAGCUCGAAAAGCUGCGCGAAAUCACGAGUACCCAGAAGACGGCGUCAGAUGCGCAGAUCGAGAAGAUGGAAAAGGAGCUGGGUCGUAUGCGGAGCAACCUUGGCGAGAGUGUCCAGCUUAUGGUACAGCGCGAGAUGGCGGUAAACAUCGAGUAUGAGCAGCUCCAGCUCCGCGCCAACACUCUCCGCGAAGAACUGCAUACGGAAAUCGAACGUAUGCUCGACGACAUCGUCCGCUUCAAGCUGCACAUCCAGCGGUCGCUCGAGGAGUACGAGCAGUUCAUCGCCGAUGAAGUCGAGCGCAGCUGCGAGGAGGAACUGGGCGAUGCUGAGGAGGCUGCGGAGUCGUAA